GUUCCCGCCCGGGCUGUCAGUGUCCCUUCCCCGGUUACCGCCCUCCCUCGCUGCCCAAAGACCGGCGCCUGCCGGGCUGUCAGUGCCGCUUCCCCGGUUACCACCCGGCAGCCGCUCCUCCAGAGCAGCUCCCCCGCUUUUUCGCUGUCCCUGACGGGGCUCAGGGGGGGUGUGCGCCUCCGCUGCGCUUGGCUCUUCUGCAGUUUAUUCGUUUUCCCUGCUAAACUUGGCCGCCCCAAAGCGGCGUAUGCCGGGGGACAGGGAAAGCCUGCAGUUGAUGCAAAAUGAGUGUUCCUGACUACAUGCAGUGUGCUGAGGAUCAUCAGACCCUCCUGGUGGUGGUUCAGCCCAUUGGCAUUGUCCCUGAAGAGAGCUUUUUCAGGAUCUACAAGAGGAUUUCAGCCGUGAGCCAGGUUAACGUGCGCGACUCGCAGCGAGUGCUCUACAUCCGCUACAGGCACCAUUAUCCCCCAGAGAACAACGAGUGGGGGGAUUUUCAGACACACCGCAAAGUCGUGGGGCUCAUCACUAUCACAGAGUGCUCUUCAGCAAAGGAAUGGCCUCAGACUUUUGAGAAAUUCCAUCUUCAGAAGGAAAUGUAUGGCUCUACUCUCUAUGAUUCCCGGUUGUUUGUCUUUGGGCUUCAAGGAGAGAUUGCGGAGCAGCCCCGCACAGAUGUGGCGUUUUAUCCCAGUUAUGAUGAGUGUGAAACUGUGGAGAAGAGAAUAGAAGAUUUUAUCGAGUCUCUCUUCAUAGUGCUGGAGUCCAAACGUCUUGACAGAGCCACUGAUAAGUCUGGAGACAAGAUCCCCCUGCUCUGUGUUCCUUUUGAGAAGAAGGAUUUUGUAGGUCUGGACACCGAUAGUAGUUUGUUGUUGGGUCUAAAAAGACACUACAAGAAGCGCUGCCAGGGCCGGAUGCGGAAGCACGUGGGAGAUCUGUGCCUGCAGGCUGGCAUGCUGCAGGAUUCCCUGGUGCACUAUCACAUGGCAGUGGAGCUGCUGCGCUCUGUCAACGACUUCCUCUGGCUUGGAGCUGCCCUUGAGGGGCUGUGCUCAGCAUCUGUCAUCUAUCACUACCCAGGUGGCACUGGGGGUAAAGUUGGGUCUCGCAGGGCUCAAGGAGGUUCUCUUUCUGCUGAGGCAGGCAACAGGCACAGGCCAGGGGCACAAGAAGUUCUCAUUGAUCCAGGUGCUCUGACUUCCAACGGGAUCAAUGCAGAUACCAGUGCUGAGAUAGGACGUGCCAAGAACUGCCUGAGUCCUGAGGACAUCAUAGAAAAAUAUAAAGAAGCUAUUUCUUACUAUGGCAAGUACAAGAACGCUGGGGUGAUUGAACUGGAAGCUUGUGUGAAGGCUGUGAGAGUCCUGGCAAUGCAGAAGAGGAGCAUGGAAGCCUCUGAGUUUCUGCAAAAUGCAGUUUAUAUCAACCUUCGGCAGCUCUCAGAAGAGGAGAAGAUCCAGCGCUACAGCAUCCUGUCGGAGCUGUACGAGCGCAUCGGUUUCCACCGCAAAUCGGCGUUCUUCAAGCGCAUCGCGGCCAUGCAGUGCGCGGCGCCCAGCAUCCCCGAGCCCGGCUGGAGGGCCUGCUACAAACUGCUGCUGGAGACCCUGCCUGGCUACAGCCUCUCCCUGGACCCUCAGGACUUCAGCAAAGGAACUCACAGGGGAUGGGCUGCAGUGCAGAUGCGUCUGCUCCAUGAGCUGGUCUAUGCUUCCAGGAGGAUGGGCAAUCCUGCCCUGUGUGUCAGGCAUCUCUCCUUCCUGCUCCAGACCAUGCUGGAUUUCCUUUCUGACCAAGAAAAGAAAGAUGUCACGCAGAGCUUGGAAAGCUACACGGCAAAAUGCCCUGGGACAAUGGAAGUCAUCACUCUUCCAGAUGGUUUGAAGCUACCUCCUGUUCCCUUCACCAAAUUGCCUAUUGUGAAAUCUGUGAAGCUCUUGAACCUCCCAACCAGUCUCCGACCUCACAAAAUGAAAAGUUUACUUGGUCAGAAUGUGUCAACCAAAAGCCCAUUCAUAUAUUCUCCAAUUAUUGCACACAGUCGUGGGGAAGAAAGAAACAAGAAAAUAGACUUCCAGUGGGUCCAGGGAGAUGUGUGUGAAGUUCAGUUGAUGGUGUACAACCCUAUGCCUUUUGAGCUCCGAGUAGAAAACAUGGGUCUCUUGACAACUGGAGUAGAGUUUGAAUCUCUCCCUGCUGCCCUUUCCCUCCCUGCAGAAUCUGGGCUCUAUCCCGUGACUCUGGUUGGUGUUCCCCAAACCACAGGGCAGAUCACUGUCAAUGGUUAUCAUACUUCCGUUUUUGGAGUCUUCAGUGAUUGCCUUCUAGACAGUCUGCCAGGUGUGAAGACCAGUGGCUGCACUGUUGAAGUCAUUCCAGCUUUGCCAAGGCUGCAGAUCAGCACCUCCCUUCCAAGGUCUGCUCAUACACUUCAGCCUUCUUCAGGGGAUGAAAUCUCCACUAAUGUGUCUGUCCAGCUGUACAAUGGAGAGACCCAGCAGCUCAUCAUUAAAUUAGAAAAUAUUGGAACAGAACCUUUGGAGAAACUGGAGGUGACAGCAAAAACAGUCAACACCAAGGAGAAGCUGUAUGGAGAUUUCUUGAGUUGGAAUCUAGAAGACACCCUCUGCCAGUUUCCUCUAAAACCUGGAAAGAUUGCAACAUUUGUUGUAAACAUUAAAGUGAAGCUGGACUUUUCUUGCCAAGAAAACCUUCUGCAGGAUCUCAGUGAUGAUGGAAUCAGUGUCAGUGGACUGCCACUCUCCAGUCCUUUCAGGCAGGUUGUCAAACCAAGAGUGGAGACCAAACCUCUUAAUCCCCAGGAAAGCAGCAAAGUUGGUGAUUUCAGUCACGUCAAGACACUGGAAGCCAUUUUGAACUUCAAGUACUCUGGUGGACCAGGACAUGCUGAAGGAUACUACAGGAACCUUGCCCUGGGCCUCCAUGUGGAGGUGGAGCCCUCUGUUUUCUUCACUCGCAUCAGUACCCUGCCAGCAACAAGCACCCGGCAGUGCCACCUCCUUCUUGAUGUCUUCAAUUCCACAGAGCAUGAGCUGACCAUCAGUGCCAGGAACAAUGAGGAUUUAAUUCUGCACGCCGGGGAGUGCCAGCGCAUGGCUAUCCAAGUGGACAAGUUCAAUUUUGAGAGCUUCCCAGAAUCCCCAACUGAUGGGGCACAGUUGGCGAAUGCAAAGCAGCUGGAAGAAGAAAGGCAACAAGCAAGAGGCCUGGAGAUUAACAGCAAGCUGGAUAUUUGCUGGAAAAUUCCUUCCUUGAAGCGUGAAGGGGAAGCAAGUGUGGAAGGGGUUCUUAAUCAGCUGGUCCUGGAGCAUCUGCAGUUGGCUCCUCUCCAGUGGGACAUCCUGGUUGAUGGCAAGGUCUGUGACUGCGACGUGGUGGUGACCUGCCAGGUGGGGGACCCUGUCCCCUUGCAGGUGAAGUUGACCAACUGGAGCAAGCACAGCGUGGGGCCUUUUGCUCUGACCAUGAUGCCCUACCAGGAUUACCAGAAUGGGGUGCACAACUACGAGCUGCAGGAUGCCAUCACCUUCGUGGGGUCCAACACCUUCCACAUCGAUACAGUAAAGCCCACCAAAGACUCUGUGUACUUUGGAGCACUUCUCUUCCUCUACACGGGUGAUUUCUACCUGAAUAUCAAAUUCCAUGAAGACAACUGCAGCAGGGAGCUGCCUCUGUCCUGGCUCUGCCUUCCCAGUGUCCACAUCCGUGCCACAGAGCCCGUGGCCCCAGCUAAGCUGUGAAUGCACUGUGUGCUACUUGAUUACCCACAGCACACAGCAAUGCUUGGCACAUCCUCUGCUUGACCCCAGCUUGUUUCUGUCCAACCCCAGGACACAGUCUCUACUUUGGAGGAACAGCUGAACACUUUCUGAAUUGGCUGAUAGUCAUUUGGACAGCUGCUUUUGCUAAUUUCAGAGGGAGAGAGAGAGAGAGAUUAUAACCAUGCUGAAGUUUUCCUCUGUUUUCAGAAAGCCUUUAAAACUAUUUGCAUUAUACUUCAAUAUAUUCCAUUGAUAUCAGUGGUUUGAAAGAGUCUUGAGGGCUGAAUUUCGCAAUGUGUUUGAAGGUCUUAAAUCCUGUUUGAAUAAUCCUGUUUGAUCAUUUUUCAGUAAGAUCUGUGUAUCUGUAUGAAAUUCCUCCUGGUUUAUGCUGGACUCAUGGCAUGUUCCCUUGGGAUAUAGAUCUCUGUUAGAUUUGUUCAUUGGCUUGCUCUUGUUCAUUUGUUUGCUGAGAAUUUGGUGUCUUUGGUAGUAAAUAGCAGCGGUGGUGCUUUUCAGUGUGUUACUGAAAGUAAGAAUAGCCUCCAGUUAUUCUCCCCCUCCCCUGAGCCCAGUGCCACUUGCUCCUGGUAAAGUCACUGCCUUUAGUUUGGCAGAUCUCUGAACUAGAAAGGAGAGAGAAGAGCAAAAGAGUUUUGUCCUUGAGAGAAUAAAUAAGGCAACUUUUGGGCUGCCUAAGGCUUGGCUGUGAAUUUAGGCUUUCACAGUUCUGUUCUACACAGUCAUAGUCACUUGAAACAUUUGCAGACUCUUAAAGAUCCACCAGAAUUAAUCAGAUGAUCAUUAAUAUAACUUUUCAUGAGUUUUUGCAAAUUCUUCUCACCAGAUUUUUCAUACUAAUACACCACUUUUUAAGUGUGUCUGUUUUUUCCCUUUUUUUUUUUUUUUCCUAAAGUUUGGGGGUUUUUUAAGUUUAAUUAUUAGGCAGUUAAGGCCAUGGAAUUCCUGAGUGUGAAAAUAGUUGUUGAAUAUACUGAUAAUUUAGCCUAUUUUUCAGAAUAAUGUUUCUGUAUAGUGAGACAUGUUUUUACCCCAUGUAAAGCAGGGAGAUGUUUUAGCUGUAUGAUUAAUACACUAUUUCGUGGACCAUAUGUUUAAAACCUAUCCCAGUCUUUUCUUAAAUGCACAGUUAAAUUUGGUGGUAGUAUGCUUUUGGGGGUGGAUACACCAAGAUGUGGCAGGGACACUCCAGUUAGCUCUACAUGAUUUAAAUCUACAUGCACAAUCUCUUUGCAGAUUCUUUGUUUCUUUAGAAUUCGUGCAAACAUGGCCCCCCAUGAAUGCCUGGCCUGACCCCUCCUGCUCAGUUCUGGCUCUCUGCAUCAUGCCCAGGGGUACUUUUACAUGUGAUUGGUGUUUCCCAUAGUGCUCCAAACCCCGUUCAUUGCAUGCUUGCGAGUGACUGUUCAUCCUAAAUAUAUUCCCAACCGGAGGGAACUGUGGCUGUAGCAUGGUAGCUGCAUUUCCAGUGUCUGCAGGGUAUUAUCUCUAAAAACCUGUCUUGUGGCAGUGUUAUCAAUGUUUGUGCUUGAGCUGUGGCUCUGGACUCAGCCCUGAAAUUGGAAGUUUUCAGUCUUGACCUGAUAAAAAUCUGAGCCCUGCUGAGGAUUUGUUUGCAAUGAUUCCCUGCUCUGUCAGGUGCCAGUGAGGUCCAGUAACAAAACUAUUCCUUAGACUGGCUCUAGGCCUGAGACUCCCCUGGAAAGAGGGUCCAACAGCUGAGUUGGGCCUGCUUUUCUGUGUUGGUGGAGCUUGGCUGACCAGAUUGUGCCAUGAGGCUGAAUUCUCUGUCACAGGAUAGGCAACACCCAGAAAAACGAGAUCCAAGGAGAGCAGGAGCUAAACCAGUACAUCUUCUCUAAAAGCUUGGUUUUGACAUGAAUGUCUGUGCUAUGUUGCACAGCACUGUUGGAGUAAAAUUCAAAUUGGGUUUUAUUCAGAAGAUAAUCUGCAGAUUCUAGGAAUACAGCUAAGGCUUUAAAAGGACAACAUUGAAAUAAAAAAUAUUGAAAAGUAGAUGCUGUUGUAGUCAGGAUGCUUCAAUUUACCCAGCUAAGGGACUGUUCUCUAAUUAAUUUUUGCCAGCAUUCUCUGAGAAGAGAGGCUAUUAUCCUGUGAAGCCUAUCCUGGGAUGCAACAUUGCUGUGCCUUUUAUGUAUGAAGGAUCCUUACCUACACCCCACUGAAGCUGUUGGAAUGGGAACAGGUUUUACUAUAAGAAAAGCAGGCAGCAUAUUUUCUUGUUAUCCAAUAUGCCAUUAUAAAUCUGCCAUAUGUGCACAUAAAUAUAAGUUCUUAUGUGUGAGCUGACCCUUAAAGGUCUAUCUGUUCAUUGUAUAGCAGACUACUCUGUCCCUUGUCAACUUGGACACUUAGUUGCUUUUGGCAUUUAUGAUAUCUUCCCCAAUUUUCUCAGACUUCUACUUGUUUGGGUGAGGGACAUGAAACACAAGAAGUUCUUCCUUCUGGGGAUCAUUUUUAACUUGUCCAGAAGGAAGAUAGUUAAGUGUUAGUGUAAUUUGGAGAGGGGUUGAGGGAAAGGUGCUUAAAAUCACUGGGGUUGCUGUCAGGAUAGGUCCUUGUACUGCUUGAAAGAAGGAUGAUACUUUUCUUAUCUGCUUUCCUUUCUUGGUACUGAAAACUUCAUUUUCUUUCUCUGAAACACCCAGCAAUUAUUUUGAACAUGAUGAGCUGAACUGUUUAUUGUAAAUCUGAUACAAACCAGUGGUUGCAAUAAAUUAUUCCUAAUUUAAAUGGCCAUUGCUGAGAGCAGAUGUCGAUCCCAUAUAUGAAUGCACUGGAGAAGCAUAAGUUAUGUAACUUUACCUGAAUAAAUACUUGUGGCUUGUUAUUUACACCUC